AUGACGUCAUUUCCGCUAUAUGCUGAGACGUACAAAAUUGGAAAUAGAGUUUAUCGCCGCAACGAAUACAAAGGAAGUACGCGCAGUAAUGUAGGAGAAACCGGUGAUACACCAGACAUGUAUGCAGACGAAUUCGAGGAUGAUGGACCAUGCGCCGUCGGGGGUACGUCCAGUGGUCUGACUAGCUUUGUUCAGAUUGGUAACUUUGUUUUAUUUAUGGGUAUCCCCCACUUAUGGUCCCUUCCGAAUAGCCGAAAUGAUCAAUGUGUUAGCCAUACAUGCCGCAGGUGGGCAGGUGGGAAGGUUGUAUCCAGUGAGUUCCCAGCUGGUCCGUCCAAUCCGCGAGGACCUCCAUCUCGUUUGGUCUUCUCCGAUUUUGUUUCGCAUGGCGAGGAACUCACUCUGAUGUAG